AUGGAUGUCCUCUUUGUAGCCAUCCUUGCUAUGCCGCUUAUCCUGGGACAAAUGUAUGAAGAUGAUGAAGAAGGACUGGAAGAGGAUUAUUAUUAUCAAGUGUUCUAUAAUUACACAGUCACCCCCAAUUAUGAUUAUUUUGGUGCAAAUUUCACUGUUGAUUAUUCCAUGUUUGAGUCAGAGGACAGACUGAACAGGUUGGAUAAGGAGGUAAUGGAAGCAGAAGAAACAACCAUUAUUCGUGAAACAGAACAUGUAGACCAUCAGAAGCCUGUAACAGUGAAAUCAGUGACAGUGAAACCAGUGACAAUGGAACCAAUGACAAUGGAAUCAAUGACAAUGGAAUCAGUGACAAUGGAAUCAAUGACAAUGGAAUCAGUGACAAUGGAACCAGUGACAAUGGAACCAGUGACAAUGGAACCACGGAGUCCAGAUAUGAACCAUGCUGUCUCCAGUCUGCAGAGUCCUGUUUCCCUUCUCCUGUCCUGGACCCUCCUUCACGAGUGGAUGUAUUUCAUGUAG